CGACACGGUAUUGUCCCAUCGGUAUGUAGCACGCAGCCAAUGCUUAGCGAGGAGGAAAGUACCGAGUAUCCGCCCGCCCCUUCACACCGUGCAAAGGUCAUGUUUAUGUCCGUUCCUUCCUUGUUGCUGCCCUGACGGCCGCUGGAUAUAAACAUACGAGACCGGGACGGGGCGGUGAUCGGCAUCAGCAGGAACGGAAAGUGAAAACGGAAACUUGGAAGCGAACAAAAUGUUCCGAUCCGCGAAAGUAAACAGGCGAGAGAGCGCGAAAGAAGCCAGAAGUGGUUAAAGAGCGCGGUGACAGGACUGCCUGACAGAUCACGUGACAGUUUAAAGGUCCAAGCGUUUCCCGGUCGCACCGCGAGGAGUGUGUGGGAUCCGGGGCCCCCCGAGCAUAGGGCCCAAACACAGCCUCGGACCAUGGAGUGCGAGCGGAUAGACAGCCUGGAGGGGUGGGUGGCCGUGCGCCCCAAUGCCUUUGAGGAACCCGAGAAGUACAAGUUGGGGUUCAUCGUGGCCUGGAAUCAGGUGGAGAGCAAGUUCGCGGUGACCUGCCACAACCGUACCCUGCAGCGCCGGAGGAAGUCGCGGGAAGACGGAGAGCGGAGUAGCUGGGCCGGCCUGUACUCUGUACCGGAGCUGGAGCACAUCCACCGGCAGCUGAGCUCGGUGUGCAGCCAGCUGGAGCCCUGCUUCCCCAGCCUGCCCUCCCCGAAGCCCGCAGACAGCCUCUGGACACUGCUCUUCCCUGGGGCUCCGUCCUGGGAGGGGGAGCCACAGGAGCUGGACGCCGUGUGCCGGGCGCUGGAGUUAUACCUGGGGGCCGCUAUCGAGCAGUGCGGCCGCAGGAUCGUGCUGGAUGUGCUGUUCCCGGAUGAUGCGGAGGACACCGAGCAGUACUUUGAAAACCUGCACGAGUUCCGCAAGAAGAGCCUGGAGGAGCAGGUGUCCCGGGCCAAGGAGGACCUGCGGAGGAUCCUUCAUCAGCACAAAAAUGCAGACAAAAUGGUGUCGUUGCUUAAAGUUUAUGAAGAAGAAGAUGAAGCUUUUAUGGAAUUGGUUACCGUGGCAACCCAAUUCUACCAAUACUUACUGCAGCCUUUCAGAGAUAUGAGGGAGCUAGCCGUAUUAUAUAGGCUCGAAAUACUGAAGUCACUUGAAAUGGAUGACUUGGGUCCAAAAAGAAUAGAGGCUUUAGAGAAGGAAGCAGAUAAAUGGAACACAACAGCUGAAGAUGCCGUGUGCUCCAUACAGAAUGUGACUGUGAAUUACUUCAAAGAGACCGCAAAAGCCCUGGCAGCAAUGCACAAACAAAUGGAGCUGGAUGGAAAGAGAUUUGGGCAAACCACAUGGGCCUCUGCACUACCCAGGCUUGAGAGGCUAAAAUCCAUGUUGGCGAAGGAAACACUUCAACAUAUGAGAGGAAAGGAGCUGUGUCUAAACCAGAAGAGAACAGAGAUCAAAAGAAAUAUGGAGAACUUGUGUGAAUCUGAAGGAGCCAUGGUGUUGCUCGAUGAGCUGGAGCUGAAGUACUAUGAGAUCCAGUUAAAGCUUUAUGAUGUUCAAUUUGAAAUACUAAAGCAUGAAGAGAUGUUGCUUACAACAGAAUUAAAUAUGUUGAGGAGACAAGUGAAAGAAAAGGAGGAAGAGGUUAUUUAUUACGACCCAUGUGAAGAUCCCCAGGAACUUAAGACGUAUGAACAAUUACAGCACAACCUCUGUUCAACAACCAUGACGCUCAAGAGAAAGAUCCAACAAUUAGAAACUAAACGAGGGAAUAUCUGUGCACGUCGAGCCUUGCUGAGGAACAAAAAAGAUCAGUGUGUAGAGACACAGGAACUAAAACAGUUGCAGUUCCAAGAAGCCCAGAAACGCCUCCAUCAGCAUCACUCCAUACAGAUGAAAAGAGACCAGAAGAAGGAGGAGGUGAAAAAGAAAAAAGAAUGGCUUGAUCAGGAACGUCAGAAGGCAUUACAGCGCUUAAGAUCAUAUAAAGAUAGAAGUGAAUCACAGUCUGCAUUGAAGACAUCUCGCAUACAGUCUCACUUCCCGUGUAAAUCCCAAGGAAGAAGUAAACCUGUAACCCAACCAUGUGUGCCAGUAGGCCCAGCAGACGUACCCGUUCAUAUUUUUGUUCCAGAGACCAAACAUGAACCUGCAAUUAAAAGUGAUGAAAACUACAAACCAGUGGUGCACUUUUCACCACCUCCACCACCACCACCACCUCCUCCUCCUCCUCCACCACCACCACCACCUGCUCCCCCCUUAGUACAGCCUAAUUUUCAGCUUACGACAGCACAGACCUUUAGACAGAAUGAACCUCAGAUGUUGCAGUGUGACAUAUCUGCACAAGACAUGUCUGAAAAGUCACCAAAAGUGGCUUCAAAUCAAUAUACUGGUUCAAUGGAAGAGGUAUUGGCUUCACUAAAGCGAGGUGAAAAUCUUCUACGUAAGGUGGAACAGCCACUUCCAUCUCUGAGCGACGUCAGAGAUAACAUCCUGACUGCCAUCAGACAAGGAGUGAAGCUGAGGAAGGUCCACAGAGAAACCGUUGACAAAGAGCCAGAGAACGAACUCGAGAAAAGUAUCAAGGCCGCCAUGCUGAGAAUGAAGAGAGUAUCGGCUGACUCAGAAGAUGACGAAAAAAGUGAAUUUGUCAGUGGGGAAUGGGACACUUAAAUGGAAUGUUUUGUGAACUACCGACCCGACACCUUCAUCUAAAUAUAUCUAUUUUUCUGUGAGCAGGUUCCAUGAGUUACUUAUUCUGUUUACUAAAUAUAUUAGAAUUAAGUAAAUUUGAAUUUUUAAGCUUAGGUAACGUAGGAUUUCUUGCACUGAGCUGCCAACACUAUAUAUUAUCUAUUACACUACAUUACAUUUUAUUUAUAUGCCAGCAGAUUCAGUAACGCUUUUAUAAAAGAGUUUAAUAACAUUACGUAAUGUUAUCUUCAUUUAAUAAUUAUGUUUGAGCUAACUGUACAUAGUUAUAUGCAAACCAUAUAUGUUGCUAGAAUGGUUGAUGAUAAGGAAAGCAAUUCUGGGUAUAUUACCGGUGAAUGUGAAAUUGAAGUAUAUUGGUUUGUUUCACGAAUGUAUAAACACUUUUUUUUUUUCUUUAAAAGGAAUUUCUCAUGCAAUUAAUGAAA